CGCAGCGCUACACGCCAGCAGUCUCAAGUUAAGCGUCCAAGGCGAAGGUUGUGCGCGUGCGGUAUUUCAGCAAAGUAAUUCAGAAAAAUUUUGUAAAGAAAGUUUUUUGUAGCUUUAAAUAAAAGAUGGGUUUGCUGAAUGUGUUGCCGAGUGCUGACUAUCUGCGCGAUAUUUUGCUUUUAGCCUUGUUUUCGGCCAUCGUUGCCGCACUUCUGAGCAUACGCUUCUAUUUGCGCAUUACAGCUGGGCGAUGUUUCACCGAGACAAAAAUGGAAGGCAAAACAGUUAUCAUCACAGGCGCCAACAGCGGCAUUGGCAAGGAGACGGCACGGGACUUAGCCAAGCGUGGAGCACGUAUUAUUAUGGCGUGCCGAAAUCUUGAGACGGCGAAUGCUGUAAAAGAGGAAAUCACCAAAGAGACUGGCAACAGCAAAUUGAUUGUGAAAAAAUUGGAUUUGGGCUCACAGAAGUCGGUACGCGAAUUUGCUGCCGAUAUUGUAAAGAAUGAACCGAAAAUUGAUGUACUCAUACACAAUGCUGGCAUGGCGCUAGCAUUCCGUGGACAAACUAGUGAAGACGGCAUUGAAUUGACAAUGGCCACCAAUCAUUAUGGACCAUUUUUGCUUACUCAUUUGCUGAUCGAUGUUUUGAAGCGUAGCGCACCAUCACGCAUUGUUAUUGUUGCUUCCGAACUCUAUCGCUUGGCUUCGGUAAAUUUGGAUAAACUCAAUCCCAUUGGUACAUUCCCAGCUGCUUAUCUGUAUUACGUGUCGAAAUUCGCCAACAUUUAUUUUGCACGCGAGUUGGCCAAACGCCUGGAAGGCAGCGGUGUGACGGUGAAUUACUUGCAUCCAGGCAUGAUUGAUUCGGGUAUCUGGCGUAAUGUGCCCUUCCCACUCAACUUGCCGAUGAUGGCCAUAACAAAGGGAUUUUUCAAGACACCAAAGGCUGGCGCACAAACCACCAUCUAUUUGGCCACCUCCGAUGACGUGGCUAAUGUCUCAGGCAAAUAUUUUAUGGACUGCAAAGAGACAACUCUCACUGCUGCUGCGAUGGACGAGGAGAAGGGCCGCAAGCUGUGGGAGGAAUCGGUUAAGUUGGUCAAGUUGACCGCGCAAGAUCCAAAGAUCUAAUCAAAUUGAACUUCCAGUCUUAAAUGAUAACAAUUUUUUAUAAGAAAUAAUUACAAGUAAUUUAAGUUUCAGAGCGUGCAAUAUUGCAUUUUUAAUGGAAUUAUGAAAUAAAUUUAAUUUUUAUUUUUUGCAA